CACUUGCAGUGCUUGUAUUUCCGACAGGCCCUGAAGGCAUCUCCCCAGAGCGCAGCUGACGCAGAGCAACAGUCCGCUGCAGCCGCCUGUUGCUCGCCUUCCUCCGGCAGACAGCUCGGUACACGUCGGGAGUUCGAGAGCAGCUCCUUCACGCUCUUCCCUCUCGGAACCGAACCGCGCUCACCGAUGCUCCGGUUCCGGUGGUUUCCUCUGGACUUCGACACGAUGCGGCGGACUGCUGCUCGGCCGAUCCUCUGAGAUGCAGAAACCCUCCGCGGGAGAUGACUGCGUGGAUUCGGGAGCGGAGACCGCAGGGUCUGGGUCCAGCCUCUUGUCCUCGACCAGCAGUGACUUCUCCAUGGGCGAGCUCCAGGAUCCCUUCCUCGUCUGCGUCCACCUCCUCGCCGACCCCGGCCAGGCCGAGGUCCUGCAGCGCGCUGCCGAUGGCGUGCUGGCCCGGGUCCACCCUGAGCUGCAGCUGUUCCGGGUCUCCGAGCGGGCCGCCGCCUUCCGGCCCAAGCGCCGUCUCGGCGGCGGCCAGCCGGCCCUGGCGGUCAUCGUCUUCCUCCAGGAGGCGCCCGGCGGCGAGGAGCAGAUCCUGAUGCGGAGGCCGCCUUGGCGCUUCCACCACACCGAGCAGGUCAGCGGCGGCCGCCGGGUGUCGCCGCUGUCGCCGUGCAGUCAGGACUUCUUCACGCUGUCCGCCGGCACGCCGCUGUGGGCCGUGCGGCGGGUCCACUACGGGAAAGAGAUCGUGCGGUUCACCGUCUACUGCCGACACGAGAACUACGCGGACACGGUGCGGCUCUACAAGCUGCUGCUGCAGCGCAGGCUGGCGCAGAAGAAGGAGGACUUCUGCUUCUUCGUGGUCUACUCCAACCCGGAGACCGAGGUCCAGUUGUCCUUCAAGAGGCUCCCGCGAGGCCGGAGCCCCGCGGCGCUGGACUCGGCGGUGGUGGAGGUCCGGGUGCGAGAUGUCGGGGCUCUGGUGCCGCUGCUCCCUCGGCCCUGCAGCCCGAUCAGCGACGUCCGCUGGCGGACGGAGGACCACGACGGGAACAAGAUCCUGCUGCAGGUCCGAGGGUCUCCCGUCUCCGAGUCGUCCUCGGCUCCGUCCACCUUCCUCCGCAGCGCCGCCUCCUACAGGAACCGCCGGCACCACCGGUCCAUGUCCCGUCCCAGAGUCCAGCACCCCUGCGAGGACCAGCAGGACGAGUGGACCACCUGGAGGCCCCAGUGGAGGGCCCACAGGUCGGGCUCCCUCUUCUCUCUGCCCGACCCGACUCCUCACCGGAGCUCCUCCCUCCACCGGAGCUCCUCCCUCCACCGGAGCUCCUCCCUCGUCCCGCCCUUCCGUCUCAACCUGGACGCUCUGGUCGGGGCGGAGGAGACGGACGUGGACACGGGGGACAAAGUGAGUCCGGCUGGCGGCGUGGACCUCAGCGUGGUCUCCGCCUACAUCAAGUCCACCAGCCUGCCCCGGACUCCUCCUCCACCUCCCGGCGCCGCCACGCCGGGCCGCAUCCCAGACGUCUCGGCCUGCACCCUGUUCGGGCCGCGAGUCCUCGGUGUCAUCGCCGUGCCGUCUCUCAGCGACGGAUCCACCAACCGGUCGGACAGCUGCAGCAUCGCCAGCGCUCCAGUGGAGGAGGAGGAAGAGGAGGAGCUUGAGGAGGGGGAGGAGGAGUUCUACAUCUGAGGUGUUGUUGAGGACCGAUCACAUGAUCAAACGGGAUAACAGGUUCGUUCGACAUGAACUGCUUCUCCCCUGGAGAGCAGACGAGAGCAGCGGCAUCAUCAUCAUCAUCAUCAUCGUCAUCAUCAUCGUCAUCAUCAUCAUCAUCAUCGUC